AGAUAAGCAACUGCUGGCAUGAAGUGAAGGAGGAAGAAGAAAGAUCCACUGAGAGCUGAUCAGCAGCGUCUCCAGCAAUAAAGAAACAUAGAAAUGUAAAAAAAAAAAAAAACAAGUUCUGAAUCCUCCUGCAGGUCUCUGAAGAUGAAACUGAUGCAACAUUUAAUCCUGACAAGCAAAACUAAAUAAAAUGAACUUUGAUUUGGAAGAUUUUAAGUCAUAAGAUUACACUUAAACAUCUCUGGAAACUUCAUAACCUUAUAAAAUCCCUUUAGUUAGUUUCUAUACCUUGAGUGUCUUGAUCCUGAAGAGACCCAGAUAGGUCUAUGUGGUUCCAGUGAUCCCUGGACGCCACAAGAUUGGCCCUCUUGGCCAUAGUUCCUUCAGAGUCUGUUAAACAUACUGUUUAGAGGGAGAAAAACAGAGAGGAUUAGGAGCAGCAGAUUCACAAAAACACACCAGAGAAACUAUCACACUCUGCACUUACCCGAAUAAGAGAAGAGCUCAGAGUGACGAUACAGAAAAGUGAGGUGAAAUUCCUCUAGAGGAACUCUAAGAUGGAGCGAUGCUGGCAGCGGUUCUUAUUCAGCUCCUCUGCCACUUCUGUAAACACAUCAGAGAAAUGGUGGGGCAUGCAAAUGACUCGGUCAAACCUCUCAGCCCUACAAGGAAAUUCUCCUGUCUGGGUGACUUACAUCGCUUCCUGCUGCUCCUUUUAUUUCAUCCCUCUUAUUUUCGCAGGAAUUGUCCCUUAAAUACUUUUACGAGUUUAUUAAUGUCAUCAAACAAAUGUUGUGGUUUUUCAUUGAUGGGUGAUAUUGUUCAUUCUGACAUGUUUCCCUGAUAAGGACACAUAAAACGCUUUCUGUUUCAGAUGCACUAUGAUUGGCUGUCACCGGGAGCAGGUGAAACACCUCAGGCUUGUGAUAAUUCAAUUACAAACACUCUAAUCGAGCCGGCCUUUUAAAUGAGGAGCUUUUUCAGGAAGCAGAAGUUGAUAAUAGGCAAAGUUGCAGAUAGGCAAAGUGUUCCUCUUUCAGUCGUUUAAUGACAGUCUUUGUAUCCUGAGAAGGGGGAGGGGUGAGUAGCUGCUGUUUUUCUAUUAUGUAGGCUACAUUAUGAAUGUCUGGUUGUUUCCCUCAUUGUUUCUAACAAUAUAAAGUGACAAAACAUGACUAAUCCCAAACUAGCCUUACCUGACCCAGUUUGUUUGAAGAGGUGCCUGAGCGCUGCUGUAAACAGAAAUUAAAGUAUGACUUGUUUUUUCAGUAGGAUGUAAAUGGCAUGUUGGUGUUCAAGGAAAAUGGGCGUGAGACAGUCAGAUGUACGGUGGCCAACAGGGGUCAGCCAUAUGCAAUGGUCCCAAUGAUCUUCAUUAGGAGAAACACGCAGAAAAUGCAGAAAACCUUAGACUGUGUAUAGAAUGGACGCCGUCUGCCUCCUGGCUGGGCGAAACCACCCUGAGAACAGCACCCUCUGGCGGCGGGCUGCAGUAUAGGUCAUAAAUCUCGCCUCCGCCAGCCAUCCUUAUGCAACUGUGGACAAACUUUAGAAAUUUAUUACACAUACAUUUUUUUACCCCCUGGUUGCGAUGUUGACAUGUAGUUACUGUAAGUUACUGGUUUGUGCUCAAGUCCUCUUUUCUGCUGUACAGCCCCGUUUCUAAAAGCUAUCAGGGGCUUCAGAUUUUCUUUGAUUGACACCUGAUACAGCCUAUGGGCGUACGAAGAUUGCGUAGCUCACCUGGGAUAUGCUAUUUGAGCCAAGUGCCAUCACAGCGACUCUUGGCGACUCUCCCGCCAAAUGCAUACAAUGCUACUGCGCAAGUGGUUGAGUGCGUACAACGCUACUGCGCAAUGUUGGUUUGGGGAGAUGGAGAAAAAACGCUGAAUUACCGAGUUUUUCAGCUUCAAAUCCGUAUACUGGCGGGAGGCCGGACCAAUUUGUCCACUGUAUAUACAGUCUGUGCAGAAAAUAAUCAAGACACGAUGAUGAUUUUGUGGCCCCUUCUGCCCUUACUAGGUCAGGUCAUAUCAGACAUCUGGGACUUUCUGAGUUUCUCUCUCUCCCGCCUGGACCUCCAUAUGGACCAUCGCAGGAUCGGCUUUUUUAAAGGAGGGUCAAAAGAUUUCAUAAAAUUACAACAAAUGCACCAUGGAAACUCUCCAGUUUCUCCAAUUGUUGUUUGCUCUUCUGCACUUUCUCUUGUUUUGUCUUGUCUCACCUGGUCAUAAUCUGUCUUGUUCUUCUGGACAAAAUCAAAAUCUGACAUCAAAUCAAUUUAAAGGUCAUGACUGCGAUCACUCCGAUGUGACAGGCACCACAAUAGAAGAUGACGCACAAAGGUUUGUGAUGAGUAAUACCGUGAUGGGUUUCAUUUUCAAAUAGAAAAAAGCUGACCUCAAACUAAAAAAAAACUUAAACCUGACAGAUUACCUACAUCCUCCCCUGAGGCAGGAAGAAAGAAGAGCUGCAGCCCUGCUGGCUCUGUGGUGAAGAAGGACAGUCUGUUCUGAGUCUGUUGCAGUAGAUGCAUGUUAUUGAAGUCAUGUCUGCAAAUAUGUUGACGUCCGUUUUACUGACUGUCUUCUUUCUAUCAGGUGAGUUUUUCUAACUUCUGUUGAAAGUAAAUCAUGCAUCGUGAUGUCUUCUAUACAUGAAUAUUUUUUCAUUAAUCUGGUUUUCAGGUGCUCUCCCAUGUCCAUGGUCAAACCUCUUUGUGACAACACCACAGAGGAUGGAGGCCCUGAAUGGAUCUUGUUUGCAUAUCCCAUGUUCCUUUUCAGCGAGAUAUAGAGAAAGAUUUGACGGCGGCGAGACCUUUGGAGUGUGGCUCAGAAGUUACCCCAAAAUCAGUCAUGUAAUCUUCAACAGCAGCGAGACAGUUAACAGAUACCCAAUCAAACUGAUGGGGAACCUGAGGCGUAAAGAUUGCACCACUUUGUUUCUGCACGUACACAUGAAUUACUCGGAUAAAUACUUCUUCAGAGUCGAGAGUUGGCCGUUUCGGGAAACAGCUUUUUGUGAUCACCUUCAGCUGACAGUUAGAGGUAAAUCAUCUUUUUUAACUUAAUUAUAACCUGAGUUUGAUAUUCUGUUCAAAUCUGAGCUGUUAAAAUGGGAUGCUAAAGUUGACACAUUUCAGGAUCUUUGUUUUUAAUCCCACCAUCACAGUUCUUCCUGUAUUCUCUCUAUAAUGUCGGCUUGACUUGAACCUACAGACUCUCCUCCGAGCCCCAAAAUCCAGAUCUCAGGAGAUCUGACGGAGAAGUCGUCCGUCACUGUAACCUGCUCAGCUUUCACCCCCUGUCCACACUCCCCUCCCAAACUCACCUGGAAUCUCCUGAAAGACUCUCAAAGCAACAUGGUGAAAAACGCAGAUGGCACCUUUACAACUCAAAUCCAGGAGAGCAUCACUCUGACGGACAGUCAUAACGGAUUCAACAUCACCUGUUCCGCCACAUAUCCUGUAAAUGAAGGAACAGGUUUCAAGUCAGCAGAGGAGACGAGGACUCUCAGAGUUUCAUGUAAGCAAACGUGACUCUUUUAGAUCCUGGGCACGAGGAUUAGUGAUUUUUUUGAUGAAAUUUGUUUUUUAAUUUUUCCCCAGAUGCUCCUAAAGACACCUCAGCGUCCAUCAGUCCAUCAGAUGUGAGGACAGCAGGCGCCACGGUUAACCUGACCUGCUCCAGCAGAGCCAAACCUUCAGUCAGGAACUUCACCUGGUUCAAGUUCAGCCCAGAUGGACCUUUGGUUGUAUCUGAAGGAGAGUUUUACAUCUUCAAUAUAACAGAGGGAGGAGUUUAUUACUGUGUGGCCAGGAAUGAUCUAGGUACGCAAAUAUCACCUGGGACACAACUGAAUGAAGGUAGAGAAACCAUCUCUUUGUUGUGGAUUUUGCGGAUGACUGUUUUUGGAUUCAACUGUGAAAUUUUAUUGUUGAAUUAAGUUUGUCAUAUUCAAGAAACUCAUCAUGAUGCUAACUCUACAAUGGAAAAAAAAUGCUUUGUAACUGGGUCACUUCAACCACAAGGUUUCAUGUUAGACGUUUCCUUUUGAGCCUCAGAGAUGGCCACUUACAUAUGAAGUUACCACAAGAUUUAAAGUGCAGGAUGUCUCAGAGACAUUAUACUUUCCAUGAUGCAUCAGGUGACCACACUCUCUCUUACAGGUAAUCCAGAGUUUGGGGUUAUUGUCCAUGUCACAGUGAAGAUUCUGGGAAUAGUCACUUUGUGCACAGCAGUCAUCAUCUUCGAGUGGUGAGAUGAUCAUUUGCAGAUUCGUUCUCCUGAGAGUUCGUGUUUAUUACGUUUUUGUUUAUUUAUCCCUUCUCCUCUUCUUUUAGUUGGUUUCGGUCAAGAUGCCGCAACAAGCCAGUAAAAGGUGAGAUGCUGAUGAGGACAGAUAAUAAUUCUUGAAACUAUAAAAGGACUUAAAGCUAGCAUGACAACAAAGUAAAGUAUUUUCUUUGAUUACAUUUCUUUAAAGAGGGGGGAUCAUGCUUUUCCACAUUUACAACAAAAACUGCAAAGUUAUAAAGUUUGGUGGCCAUACUACAUGCAUGCAAAGUUUUACAUCACAAGGUAAACAUAUUUUGUCACAGCCUGAGAAAGUGGAAGUAAACUCCUCAAAUUUCGGACCAACACUCAAAAAUGCGAGACUGUAGUUUAUGUGCGAGAUUUAUGUAAGUCUGACGAAGGAAUUAUAGACUCUUCUUACUGGUUGAUGUGCUUCCAGCAAAGCGGAACAGCCUGCCUCCAAAAAUGUAAAGAGACAGCAGCAAAAACCAAGCAUUUCAGACGGAGGCUGAUACGAUGAUAUUUUAGUACACUACUAUGAGAAAGGGUUUAAGGGGUAUUUUUUUAAUCUGAAAAUCUUCAGAUUUAAAGCUAUUAAAAUGUAUCAGAAAGGAAAUACAGUGUCUGAAAAAGAAUGCAUGAUGCCCCCCUUUAACACAGAAAAAAAGUGAAGAGAAUUGACACUGUUGUCUCUCUUUGUGUUGUUUUGUUUUCACAGUGCACAGCAGAAUAAGAGACAGUCAACAGUGACUGACUUUACGGAGAAGAAGACUACAUAUCCUUCGUCACUCUCUUCCAGUUUAGCAGUAUUUACUGGUGCUGAUAUGUUAGAUGCACUGAGUAAAAUGCACAGAGGACAUUUCUUUCAAACUGCAUCUUUAUUGUUAAAUUGUAAAAUAGUUGUUGUACCUAUUGUUGUUUUUUAAUGUAAAAAUGCUGAUAUUAAAUUGGCUGUGACUUGGGACCCACAGAAUUGUUUCUCACGAGUAUAUUUGCUAAAAAAGCAAACAGCCUUGAACUUUGUUUUGAAAGCUGUCACUUGUUUUUGUAUAUUUUCUUCAAUCAAACUUGUAAAUUCAAUGAUUUGUAAUUUCUUUUUAAA